AUGGAAGGAGGGCGUUAUGCCACUCAGCGAGGGAUGGCCGAAUCGUCUGUUGCCGCCCAGGCCGCCGAACAAGACCGCAUCAACUUUUCAAGAGGGAGGCUCGACGAACUUGGCAUAAACUGGAGCCGACUUCGUCGGAUCGACCUCCGCUGGAUGGAGAAGCUGCUGGCUGUGGUCGACACGCUCCAGGUGUACGCGCUCAUGUGGUCCUUGAGCCAGCCCUGGCCUUGGCCUCGACCUUGGCUGACCGCAACUCGAUGGACAGUUGUAGCUAACCUAGACGUGGUGAGCAUCCACGACGCGGCAAUGACGGUGACAGGGCCGGGCACCUAUUCUUCCCCGUGGGGGGAGCGCGAAGGCUACGUGUUCUACGCGUUCCUGUUUACGAUGGUGCCGGUCGGGAUACAAACGCUAUGGUAUUUCCGGAAAGUUCUCGCCGGCUUGUGGCUAGAUCGAAGGGUGCUCUUCCAUUUCAUCGUUGUGGGCGAAAGCAGGCCUUCACCCCCAGGCGCGAAGGAAGUCAGCACCCUUGUCGUGUUCGAGCGGGCGUUAUUGCUAUCGGCCCACCUCCUGUAUCUCCCCGUGCUGCUUGCGGUCAUCCGUCUUCUGCUUUGCGACGGUGACGGCACACUGUCCGUCGACCCUACCAUCAGCUGCCGUAGCGCGUCCUUGGUGCUGCCGGCGAUGCUAGGGUGCGGCGUGAUCAUUGCUUUCACGCUGAAUCUGAAGAGGCAUACGAGGGAUGCCGCGCACGCCGUGACGACGUACAGUGGCAAGUCUGACCACGAGAGGUUUUUGCAGCGAGUGGAGAUUGAGUACUCUCUGAACCUAUGCAAUGGGUGGGAGGCAGACCAUCUGUGGAUGGUCUGCAGCUUUCGUCGGCAUGCGGUUCUGUACAGGGUGUACAUGAUGUAUCUAAAGCUGGCCCUGGUUCUCGUCUAUGCCUUUGGCCGGUCGAACCUGGAGGAUCAAGCGGUCAUGUUCUGGGGGCUCAUCACGUUCUGGUCUUUGUGGAGCUGCACGCACCCUCCUUAUCGAUGCCGUAGCUCCAACAGGCUCCACUACGUCUUGCACGCAACACUCUGGCUAGACGCACUGCUGGGAAUGAUGACCGGGUAUGGCGUCCGAGGGUCCUUGCUCGUGGCAAGCCGUCUGUUCAGGCUUAUGACGGCAACUAACCUUGCCGCCGCUGCAAUCGCCGUCGGGGUGGUCAUCGCGCCCCCGAUCGAGGAAGAGCUAGCGCGCCGCCGUCACAAGACACGCGUCCUGCAGGCAGCACGAAGAAAUCGCGCCGCCCUUGCCUCUGGAAACGAUGACUCCUCCUCCGUUGAUAGCGCUGCCGCCGUUGGCAGCGGGGUCAUGACCACCACCCAUGACUUGCACGACACCCCGGCAGCUGAAGCCGGCGUGAACGAUGCCCAUACCACGGCCCCAGGCCCUCUGGUGCAUCCUGAUCGGUGGCCGACGCGGGCGACGCUGAUUGCCCUGGCCAGCAACCCGCGGCGGCGAGAGUGGGUGAACGCUAUCCGGAGGGCCAGAGAGUUCCGCUUCCAGUGCGAAAUGUGCCCGAGGGGGCUCGAGCCCGUUCGUGCCCUGGAGGCCUUCAUGAGGCACGUGCGAGCUAUCUGGGCGGAGGCUAAGGCGGAGGACAGCGCCCUGGAGCCGGCGCUCGGGGCGGCGCUAGAGAGGCUCGCCCUCGUUCAUGCUCGCAUGGCUUACCGGGUCAAGCAGGAGGGUGGAGGCCUCACCGAGGCGCUUGAGGAAGCGCUGCUUGACCCGACCGUCGUUGCCGGCAUGCAAAGGCGAAGGAGGGCUCAGGCGCUCAUGACCGACCGUCAGAAACGGGUAAUGAUCAAGCUGUUUGCCGUCUCGGCCUUCCUCAACCACCGCGACUUCCGCGACUCGUCCGCGGCGAGCGUUCUCCGCCUCCGGGACGAAACCGAACGAAUCUUCAGCCGGUCACUCACGGCGGAUUCACGAGCAAGCCUGAAAACCAUAUGCAUGCAGUGGAAGCGCCUAAUUCAGAAGAGCGAGCGGGAGUUCGAGGAGGCCCACGGACACCCUCCUCUCCUGUCCGACAAAGAGGUCGGUCAAAAGCACUGCGUUUCUUUGGGUCACACACGCACCUUCACUGCCAGUGUGACGAAGUGUGAAACGGAUGACGUUGUGCGCAACAAUGACAAGAAAGCGAUCGGUAGAACUGUCAUGAUUCCCAAGGUUCAUUUCUUCAUCUAUGUCGACCUACGCCCGGUUCUUCAAAAUGUCCCUGGGCAUCGCAUGAUAUUCACGCGACAGAAAAACAGUGAGUGGUACGGGUUCUACAAGAAACUCCGGGCCGCUCUAGAAACACUACCCGCUCCUGGCCCCUCAGACGGCGGUGGCAUCGCCGCCAGCACGCACGAAAGUGUCAGCGCCAGGAGGGACGAUGACGCGUCUCUGUCGCUGACCCCCGGAGCUUCCGCGAGCCUCGUGACGCUGACCCGCGCCACGAAACAGAUUCUGGCGACAGGCGGACCGUCGCCGGGCGGCGGUCAUGGCGACGGCGGUGGGUCCGACGUCAACGCAGCAGACGCGUGUCGAAAGCAAUGGAAGCGGGCCAUCCGGGUCUGGGAGGGAGACUUCGAGAGGCGGACAGGAAACCCGCCAGGAGUCAGCGACAAGCAGCUGAUCAGGGACCACUACGACUACUAUCAGCGCCUCCGGGACUUGAUAGCGCGCAGCGGCCUGUAACAACCCAAACUCGGUAGUAUACGACGGCCCGAGCAAGCACGUGGUGUAUAAAUAGAGCGUUCCACUUUCGGUUUCACAAAAACGCUCUCGUGUAGGAUUCGAGAAAUAGAGAAGGUCUGACAAACCGUCGACAAAUAGGAUUCGAGAGAGAUAGAUAAGGUCUGAUUAACCAUCAGCGACUACGAAUAGGUUCGAGAAAUAGAG